AUGAUGGGGCUGUUUGCAAAAAAGAAGGAUGCUAAGGAGCAGGUGAGGGAAAUGCAGCGAAAAAUGCGGAAUGAGAUUCGCGCUCUCGACAGACAAGUGUAUGGAAUUCAACGUGAGGAGCAAAAACUUGUUAUUAGAAUCAUCGUUAUGAGACGUUUUGCUGUUUCAUUUCACAGUAACAUAUGGUAUACAUCAGUUGAGGUGAUCAAGGAAAUAAAAGAAGCAGCAAAGAAGGGCGACAGGGACGUGUGUGUUGUCCUGGCGAAGUCAUUACUGCAAUCACGCAAGGCUAUUGCUAAAAUCCACGUGAGUAAGGCGCAGAUAAACUCAGUUAUAAUGUGCAUGCAGGAGCAACUCGCUACGAUGCGAAUGGCCGGCUCUCUGCAAAAAUCCACACAGGUCUUGCAAACGAUGCAAAACCUCGUUAAGGUACCUGAAAUAAUGAAGACAAUGAGGGAAAUGUCACAGGAGAUGAUGAAGCUUGGUAUUAUUGAUGAAAUGAUUGAAGAGACUAUGGAGACCAUGGAACCUGCCGACCUCGAGGAACAGGCUCAGGAAGAAGUUGAUCGUAUCUUAUGGGAAGUGACGGCAGGAGAGCUCGGUAAAGCACCUGCGGCAGUAACAGGCGAGCUGGGUGGCCCGCAAGUUGCAAGUGAAGAUUUCGAAUCUAUGGCACAACGGCUGGCUGAGCUUCGAGAGUAA